AUGUAUCAUAUUUCAAGCGCUGGACCGGUGACUUGGUACAUUCCCAGUCGUUUCGAUGGCAUCGCCAAUGAGUCUUGCCAGUUUCAGCACCAAGCUAAAAUACGUCAAGGAAACAAAGGUGUACUCUUUUGGCGAUUCUACUCUGGCCUCCUAUCCGGAUUUGUCUCAUGGGCCCGUAGAUCCGUUUCUUAUCUUUCUGGUUGGUCGAUGUCACUCGGUUCCAGCCCUAGUGCAACGUUUACUCCAGGCGCUAUUUCUCAAGCCUCCAGUAGCAUGUACACUUUCGCCCUACCUGAAUAG